GGGAGCGGCGCCGCUGCCGCCGCUGCAGCCCCUCAAGGCCGUGCUCAUGACAGACGCCCUGGACGCGCUAGGAUGAAGCUCAAGCGGUUCCUCUUGCGACAUUUCCCUCCAGGGCUCGGGCUGGAGUACGUCCAGGGGUCCGACACGAAAAUGAAAAUGAUUGACCUUCUCGACCUAACCACAAGGUCGGACGUGGAGGCGGUGGCGGCGCUGCUGGCGGCCAAGGAGCCCCUGCUGACGGAGGGCGUUCGGCCCGCGCUGGAGCGGUCGCUGCUCGCGCUGCAGCAGCGCCUGCGCGACUCGGCCAACCACCGCUACCUGCGGCACCGCACGCUGCGCGCCCACAUCCUGCCCCUCACCAACGCCACCUUCGGGCGCACGGGGGAGCGCUGCUUGACGGGCAGCUACGACCGCACCUGCAAGCUGUGGGACGUGACCUCCGGCAAGGAGCUGCGCACCUUCGAGGGCCACAAGAACGUCGUCUUCUCCGUCGCCUUCAGCAACCACGACGAGAAGCACGUUCUUACAGGGUCCUUCGACAAGAAGGCCCGCAUCUGGGACGCCGAGACCGGCGACUGCGUGCAGACGCUCUGGGGCCACUCCGGGGAGGUGGUCUCCGCCAAGUUCGGCCCGGACAACCAGCUGGUGGCCACCGCCUCCAUGGACAACACGGCCAGGAUCUACAGCACCACGUCCGGGCAGGAGCUCGGCACCCUCAAAGGCCACACGGGUGAGGUGGUGGUGCUGCACUUCGACAACGUGGGCACCACGCUGCUCACCGGCUCCUUCGACGGCACCCUCGCGCUGUGGGACACCCGGACGAACCAGCGCGUCGGGGUGCUCGCGGGCCACGAGGAGGAGAUCUCCCACUGCCAGUUCAACUUCGACUGCAGCCUGGUGGCGAGCUGCUCCUUCGACAGCACGGCCCGCGUCUGGGACCCGCGGCUCAUGAAGAGCCUGGCCGUCAUCGUCGGCCACGAGGAGGAGCUCCAAGACGUCACGUUCGACUACACUGGCAAGAGGCUGGCGACCUGCAGCACGGACUGCACGGCCAGGGUGUGGAGCGUGGCCGGGGACUGCAGGAUGGUGGCCUUCAUGCAGGGGCACCGCGGCGAAGUCUGCAAAGUGUGCUUCAGCCCGGGCGGGUCGCAGCUGCUGACGGCGUCCCAGGACCGCACGGCGCGCCUCUGGACCGUGGAGACGAGCACGUGCGUGCAGGUGCUGGAGGGCCACGAGGACGACCUGUUCUUCUGCGCCUUCAGCUACAACGGCGACGUGCUGCUCACGGCCAGCAAGGACAACACGUGCCGCGUGUGGCGCCGCGACGACCACACAGUUUUCCUCAAUGGCCCGAGGUGUGGGUCUGAGUACCCGCACAAAGGACUAGGACUAGUACACUUCUCAACUAGAACUCACGUCACUGAAACAAAAUGA